AGAUUUAAUCAUUGGUUCUGUUCUCGAUUAGUCAGCCUGUUUUCAUUGUAGGGCUUUUUGCGCAAGCGGUUAUAUCCUUCUUCACAGGGAAGAGAAGAGCCGAUUUCAACAGGUCCCACGAAGAAAAACAAAGAACCACACCCGGUAUUGUAUGACAGCUUCGCGUUGCUCACAGAAAGUCCAUCCCAGCUCUACCCUCUAUCAGCUUGGGCAGAUAGGGCAGCCAGUGCCUUCGGUACCAUAGGCCGGGGAACCCCGUUCCUCUUCGGACCGUCCGCGGCUAUCUGCCUGGCCCAGGUCGAAGCCCAGCUAGCCCUGCACCAACUGAGCAUCAUCGCCGCUGCCAGUAACCACGGCAACCAGCAACGGGCCCUGCUCAACCUUCUCCAGCAAGCAGCUGCCAACAACAUCGCUCAGCCGCUCGCCCCCGUCAUGUACCAGCCUCAGCAACAGGGGGCACCCUUCAACAGGCCCAGGAACAUGCCAUACCAUCAACAACAACCGGGCCACUCUACGGGCGGCAACAACAUGGCCCAGAUGAACAGCUACCAGGCGGGUCAGUUCCCGCCGCAAACUCGGCUACACGAGGAGCUGGAGUCAGCGAUCUCUGUCCGUGUUCAGGGUGGGAGGGACGAGGACCACCGACUACUCAACCAGAAUAACCAGAUCCCCCGGCAGCACUGUGUAGAUCCCCGCAUGCACGGGGACGGUCGGGGUGGGAGUUCAGAGACUGCCUAUUCUAACAGCAACAACCUUGUUUCGCUCUCCUGCGAUGACCAGCAGAAUCAGAUGCAAGAUGUGGACUGGUCCAACUACCAGACUCCCAGUAAACUCUUUGGUCUCAAUCAGCAGCAGCACCUCCAGCAGUCCUCCCACUCUCAUGCUAACCCCAACAGCGGGCAUUCAGGAGGGGGCAUGCAAAGCUGGAAUGCUCCUGUUUCUCAACCGGCUCGUCCACAGGGUGGAAACAUGCAGGGUCUGUACGUACCUGAGAGCGCAGGCAGUAUCCUGGCCGGCUUCGGUUUGUCAAACGAUGACCUGGAGGUUCUCAGCCACUACCCUGAUGACCAACUAACUCCAGACACUCUGCCCUUCAUCCUACGUGACAUACAGAUACACAAAACAAACAGAAACACAGGCCCUCCUGCGUUCUCUCAAACUCUCCCUGCUAUUCCUAACCUGCCGCCACCGCUGCGUCUUUCUCCACCACAGCGGCAUCCUGCACAUUCAUGUCCGACCAACAUCCCAACUUUUCUGAGUGUGACGCAAACGGCGGGUAAAGUUAUCGACUACGGCCAUGCGAGUAGGGCGGCGGAAGAGGGUAGGGACUCUUACAAACGCGAGCUACCGUCCAAGGAGAGAGCAACUAAACCAGAGUCAAAGUCCACCGGUUCAUCUUUGAAACGUAAAGCUGAAUCCCCAAGGCGGCACGACGACUCUUCCGACUCAAAGAAAGACAAAGACUACAGGAGGCGUGCUCCAAUCCCCGACACUCACAAGCACAAAAGAACGCCCGUCAGAGAGCCGCCAUCAAGAUCUCGGUCGGAGCGCGAAGGGUCCAGAUCAAGGCCACAGUUCGAAGCCAGGAGUGAGUCGUCAAAAUCAACCAGACCCUCCGGUGCCAAACGCAGCUCUAGCGCAACCAAGAGGCUCCCAACACCCACCAUGAUAGGUGAUUUCUCGGCGGACCCUCCGAAGGUGUACCCCCACACCUGCUCCCUGUGCGACAUGCAAUGUGAACGGGCUAAGGACUGGAUCGAUCACGUGAACACAGUCAACCACACAGCUAGCUGCAGAGAUCUGCGCAACAAGUAUCCAGACUGGAAUCCAAAUGUCCCAAGGAGGGACCCGUCUCAAGGUCAGGAUGCUUCUGCCACCUGGCAGUCCCUAGAACGCUCUCCCUCCCGCUCAGUCUCCCGUUCCUUGUCCUGGUCCCCCUCUCCAACCCCCCCUCUGGACCGAAGCCGAAGGAUCUCUCCGCCUACAUCCCAUGGACACGCCCCCCACACCUCUGGUCGGCACAGCCCCUCCCAGUCCCAUCGGGGUUCUGCCUCCAGUGCUCACAGGCCGGAGAAGAGAACCAGUGAAUCCUCAGGGAUAUCUACUGGGAGCUCCUCUCGAGAAGGCCUGAAGCGUUCCAGAAAUGACCCCGCCAAGUGUGCGACUGGCCACGGCAACAGAGCAGGGGUUUCUGGGAAACACGAGUCCGGGAAACUUGAGUCCUAUUUGUCGUCCACCAGCAAGUUUCCGGCGUCCAUGUCUGAGAAGCCACAUCGCCCAUCUUCCUCUGCUUCCUCUAAGCCAGGCGCCAAGCCAGCGGCCGGGAAGGAGACCGCCUUAGGACAGGACUCAGAGCUCCAGUCCUCCAGCGCGCCACAGAAGAAGCCGAAUCCAACGCAGCAGAAGAAGAAUCCUCCAGGUUCCUACUUGCUCUAUCUGUCUGGCCUCCCUGUAGAUGCCAAGUACCAGGAAGUGGUGUCACUGGUGCAGUCCUUCGGCAAGGUCACCAACGUCCUCAUCAUCAGGAACGAGGAGGGGGAUGAGAACCAGGGGCAGCCGCAAUACAGUAAAGCCACUGUUUGCAUGCAGAAAGAGCAGGAUGCUAAAGCACUGGCUGAGUGCCUCACUCUCACCAUACGGGAACACCCCAUCUCUGUCUCCGACCAGAAUGGCGAGGAGGAGCUUACUUCCUCCAUACCUGUCAUUAUAAAGGGAGAAGUGAUCGGUGCUCCAAAGACACCUGCGGCCCCCAACGAGGCCAACUUGACCGUCAAAGUCCCAGAAGCCAGCGUUGGUCAGAAGAAUUCAAAUGAGAUACACAGGGAGCAGGUGAAGCCACAGAGGAAGAGGAAGAGGGGCUGUAGAGCGGGACAGCUCGAGAGACUCAAAAGACUACAGAGGGAAAACAAGAGGGGCAUGGUCAAGAUUACUGGACUUCCUGAAAGCGGCUGCUCCGAGAUUGAUAUCGCAAAGCUGGCCCAGCCCUUCGGAACACCUGUCAAGAUCCUCCUCAUCACCAAGCCCAGUGAGGCUCUGGUCACCAUGCAGGAUGUGGAGACAGCCCAGGAGAUGGUGAAAGUUUACACCGACAUGCCUGUCAGCAUCAACGACUCUGUUCUGAACAUGAGCCUGCUUCCAAACCUCCUGGUGGACUUCAACAGACCGGUGGCACUUUUCCAUUCAUUGAUGGGACCCAGGAAUUCUGUUAGUGAGGUGGGAGGUGAUGAUGAUGACUGGAACCGUCUCCUGGUUGUCAGUAAUAUCCCGCCACGCCCUCCGGCCCAACUGAGAUCCAGAAACUGGUCCAGCGCUUCGGCACAGUCCAACAGACUCUGGCACUCAAGGACAAGAUCAUCUUUGAGAUGGGAACAGCAGACAUGGCCAAGAGUGUCUUCAACCGCUUCCAGAAGUUUCCCUGCAUUGUUCAGAACAACAAGCUUGCCUUCUCCUGGAAACCUGAUCCCAAGACUGAUCUACCUAAAGUCGACAUCUCCUCUGCCUGCUCAACAGCUUCAACUGAUGGCAAUGACUCCCAGACUGCAGAGACCACUAUGCCCCUGGUGGCCAGGAGGACUCACUGUCUCAGUCAGGAUUAAAGGUGGAGUCAGGAACCGGGGUUGAUA